AUGGCGGAAACUGACCUGAACAUUGAUAAUCUGAUUACGAGACUUCUUGAAGUUCGAGGAUGUCGUCCAGGAAAAACCGUGCAAAUGUCGGAAUCAGAAGUUCGGGGUCUUUGCCUGAAAUCAAGAGAAAUAUUUUUAAGUCAGCCAAUUCUACUUGAAUUAGAAGCUCCUUUAAAAAUAUGUGGAGAUAUACAUGGACAGUAUACAGACCUUCUACGAUUAUUUGAAUAUGGUGGCUUCCCCCCAGAAUCUAACUAUUUAUUUUUGGGAGAUUAUGUUGACCGGGGAAAGCAAUCUUUAGAAACUAUCUGUUUAUUAUUAGCGUAUAAAAUCAAAUAUCCUGAAAAUUUCUUUUUAUUAAGAGGAAAUCAUGAAUGUGCCAGUAUUAAUAGAAUAUAUGGAUUUUACGAUGAAUGUAAGAGGAGAUUUAAUGUUAAAUUAUGGAAAACUUUUACUGAUUGUUUUAACUGUUUACCAAUUGCUGCUAUAAUUGAUGAGAAGAUAUUUUGUUGUCAUGGAGGAUUAUCACCUGAUUUACAAUCUAUGGAACAAAUUAGAAGAAUAAUGAGACCUACAGAUGUGCCCGACACAGGUUUAUUAUGUGAUUUAUUAUGGUCGGACCCUGAUAAAGAAGUACAAGGUUGGGGAGAAAAUGAUAGAGGAGUUUCCUUUACAUUUGGUGCUGAUGUUGUCAGUAAAUUUCUCAACAGACAUGAUUUAGAUCUUAUCUGUAGAGCUCAUCAGGUUGUGGAAGAUGGUUAUGAAUUCUUUGCUAAGAGACAGUUAGUGACUCUGUUUUCAGCACCUAAUUAUUGUGGUGAAUUUGACAAUGCUGGUGGGAUGAUGUCAGUUGAUGAUACUCUUAUGUGUUCUUUUCAGAUAUUGAAACCAUCUGAGAAGAAAGCUAAAUAUCAAUAUGGUGGAUUGAAUUCUGGCAGACCUAUUACCCCACCAAGAGGUCAACCCAAGAAGAAAAACUGAUUUGUCGAAUAACAAUGUAACAAGAAGGAGUUAUUGUAAUUUCUGCCAGUAAUCAUUAUAAUUAUUUCUGUAUAAAUGUUUAGAUCUGAAAUGUGCCAAUUUCCCCCAAAUUAGAAACAAAGUUAAAUGCCCAGUUGCUUAAAUCAUAAACUUUCACUUGAAGAUUGAACAAACGACCAGUAGGAUGAAGUAAAAUGUAAAUAAUUGUGAAUACCUUUGUUCAUAUGACCAGAAUAUUUAGUACCUUAUUAAAGAACAACUAUAUUAUUUCCUAUUCAUAUCAGACUUAAGACUAUAGAUUUUACAUCAUAUUAGACUAUCUUAUUUGAGCUUUUGACAAAAACAUUCAGUGAGUGACUAAAAAACAGCGACAUCUAUGUAAUGUAUACAGGAAAACUAAAUUGAAAAAUAUUAUUUUAUUUCCAAAAUAUCAGAACUGGGAAUAAUCACCAUAGGUAAAUGAUAUUGUUGUUCUUCAAUGUUGAUUGAUAUAUGCAAACAGAGACUUAUUUUUAUAAUAUAAUACCAUGUGCUUUAAAUCUAUUUCUGCUUAUACUCUUAUACCCACAUUUUUUCAUCAGUAUUUUUUUCUGUAUCUUUUUUCAAUAUAAACUGUAUGAAAGAGUAAGUAGAGGAUUUUAGAAAGAUAUUGAUAGUAUAGAAAGAUAAGAAACAUUAAGUCUUGUUGAAAUUUAUAGAUUUAAUAGUAGAAAUAGAAAUGAUAAUAAGUUUUCAUUAUAAAAGAAAUCAAAGGUAAUAUUAUUACAUACAGGUGCAAUGUAAUCGAGUAGUUUAUUAAUAUGUAUUUUCUAUGUAUAUGUAGAUGUACAUGUACAUCCUUAAAAUUUGUCAGGCAUGAUUAUAUAGAUGAAAAUUAACCCUCAAAAAGUUUCUCAUACAUAAGUUUAACUAUUAUAUAAUAAGUAGUUGUAGCCUAUAACUCUUGUAUAUAUUACAUAUUUAUUAUUUAUAGUUUACAAUAGAUAUUCAUCUUCAAAUACUGAAUACACUGGUAUGAUAGAUACAAGUAUUGGAAUUCAUACCUUCCAAAAAAAAGAAAUAUCUAAAUUAUUACACAGUGAGUCUCCCAUUUCAACCCAGCACUAACUUCAUUGUAUAGUAAUAGCUGAAGUAAACUAUGAGUGUGGACAAGAAGAAACAGUUAAGUAUCAUGAAAGAUGAUACUGCUUGUUUAAUGAUAAAUAUCUGUUGUAAAUUCUAUGUUGAAUGCUGUGAUUAUAGUAUGAAUUAAGUAUGUUUGUGAAUCCUUUCUCUUAUACCUUUUCUCGUAAAGGACUUAACCAUUAGAUAACUUUAUAUCCGCCUAUUUACUUCUGAGCAGCAUGUGAAAUCAACACUAAAAUUAAUACCAUUGAAGACUAGUUCUGGAAAAAUAAGACGUAUCCAGGCAAUAACCUCAUAACCUCUGCCUUUUAUUUAUUUGGGACAUCUUGUCAAACCAACAUCUAACUUUCGCAAUUACAAAGAUUGCUGAUUGGUUGAUGUUUUUGCAGUAGUAAUAUUGACAAAUCAUAUUUUAUUCUAAAAGCUUAUUACCUUGUAUUAGCCUCUAUCUAUAAUAUUCAACUCUGACCCACCUUUUAUCAAUAUGUGACAUAUAAUAUCAACCUAAUUAAAGUGGGAGUAUGUGUCAAAUAAUUUGAAAUAUUUACAAUUGUGUACAAAAAUCUGAAAGUAAAAUUAGUUAAAACUGAUAUUUUUUUAAAAUCUGACUUUUUUUGAAAAAGUAAAUGAAGUAAACAUAUAAUCAAAGAUUCCUCCUUUUUCUGUCUACCAAAAGGAGGUAUAUUUGUAUGUAUGUAUGUAUGUAUGUAAACAGACCAUAUUACUUUGUACUUGUACGUACUCCCCCUUUAACAUUAGAAAUAUAUCCAAUAUAGAAUAGUAUCAUAUCACACACAGUGUUAUUUGUAGAUUUUUAAUACGUGCCUUUGGUUCUAUCAUGCUUACCUAUAUAAAGUCAAGCAUUUUGUUAACCAUAGAUUUUAUUAUUAUUUUUAACAUUUUAAGAAUACAUUACUUUUGUUAAUUAUCAAUUUUAUGUUUUGUUUUAUUUAGAAAUGCCAUGAUCAACAUAAGAACAUAGCAUUAAUAGGACAUCCUAGAUCAGUACCUUUUAGAGAUACUUUUCUUCCAAAUUAAUUUAAAUUAUUGACAUUUUGAAUCACCAGAUUUCCAGAAAAAAAACUUGAGUUAGUUUAAUUAAACAAGAGCUAAAUAAUCCAAAUUUAUUUUUGUGUUUGGGCAUUUUGAUUUUAACGAAUGGUAAAUAUUUGUCAGCACCUUGUAAGACUACAGGUUAUGAAUUUUGCCAGGACAGCAAAUCUUAAACAUGCAGAGUCUGUAGCACACAGCACCAUGUUGAGAAACAAUGUCCCUGAUAAGAUCAACAGAUCAGAAUAAGUAACCUUUAAUAAAUGUAUAAUUUACAAUAGUUUGAUUGGAAGAAUUAUAUAUGUAUAAUAAUCAUCAAAUAAUAAUCACAGUAUUAGGAUGGGGAGCUUCAUAAUCUAUGAGCACCAUGUUACUUUACUGGCCUUGAAUAGGUUUAUAUCUGGU